AUGCCUGCAUCCGAAUCCGAACACGGCUCCACGGCCGUGGACAUCGUUCCCAGUGGUCGUGGCCGCCGCCAUUCCAUCAUGCCGGAUAUCAUCCCAUCGAGCCUUCAUUUGCCUCCCUCUUUCAUUUCUACCGCCCCAAUUGCCCAGGAAAUUCUGAACCACGAUAUCGAGGACUGCUCUUCUUCCGACGAUGAUGAGCCACAAGAAGAGUCUGUUGAUACCCCUCCCGACCACGAGCCGGCAGAUGUGAGACUGGCUUUCCAUCCAACGGGGGUGGCCUUCGGGUCCGGCUAUUCCACGAUCCCCCUUCCGGGAAUGGAUGUUCAUGUACCCAAUCCUCACGAAGUGGCGGAUUCCUUCCGUGCCGAAGUUGAUCUCCUUCGAGACAAUGACAUCAUUCCUUCAAAGCCAUCGCACGAAUGGCGAAGGGGUAGCGUUGUUGACCGCAUGUACCGGGGCCUCUUCAGUACCAAGGUCCGCGACCAUGAGGAACCAGCUCCGGCUUUUGCAGAAGUUGCAUACGAGACGACUCCAUUGCUACACCGGGCCGAAGGAGAUGCGGGAGCACUGACGCCCACUACGCCGGCUGUCGAAAUUGUUCACGAGCGGUGGGAGGAGGCCGUCGCCGCCCAUAUCAUCAAGACAACCUGGCAGCGAGAGGCCAUGACGCUCGUCAAAUAUGCCGCUCCACUGAUAGUGACGUUCCUCCUGCACUACUCGGUCACCAUUGCGAGCGUCCUUACCGUCGGCCGUCUCGGCAUGGUUGAGCUUGCUGCUGUUAACUUGGCAACAAUGACAGCUAGUAUCACCGCAUAUGUUCCCGUUCAAGGCCUUGCUACAGCACUCGACACCUUGUGUGCACAAGCUUACGGCUCAGGCCACAAACACGUGGUCGGGCUCCAAGCACAACGCAUGACCUGGAUUCUCUGGGCGCUGAUGGUCCCCAUUGCUAUUCUCUGGUGGUUCUCCGAACCGAUCCUGACACGCCUCGUUCCAGAUGCCGAGACGGCAUCUCUCGCCGCCUUGUAUUUACGUGUGCUGAUUCUCGGUAUGCCUGGUGUCGCGGCGUUCGAGAGUGGGAAGCGCUUUGUGCAGUCACAAGGCCUGUUUCACGCGACGACAUACACCCUGCUCAUCGGCGCGCCAUUGAGCUUUCUUCAGAACUGGCUCUUUGUCUUCAAGUUUGGCUGGCACUUUGCCGGAGCCGCAACUGCCAUGGCUGUGACGCAGAACCUGCUGCCCGUCCUGCUCGCUAUCUACGUGCGACUCUUCGAAGGUUCGGAGUGCUGGAAGGGGUUCAGCAAGAAGGCUUUUACAAAUUGGGGUCCCAUGAUCAAACUUGCCUUACCGGGGAUGAUAAUGAUUGAGGCUCAGUUCUCUGUGCUGGAGAUCCUGACCAUUUCGGCUGGCCAAUUUGGCACAGCGCAGCUUGCAGCGCAGAGCGUGCUUGUCACCGUGACAUCGACCUCGUUCAAUAUCCCUUUCCCACUGGCCAUCGCGACCUCCACCCGAGUCGCCAACCUCAUCGGGGCGCACCUCAGUGAGGCAGCUCGAAAGACAGCAAAAGUGGCCGUGAUCGCAGGUUUCCUAGUAGGACUUUUCAACCUGACCAUCUUUGCUUCUCUGCGGUACCAUCUCCCGCGCGUCUUUACAGAUGACAGCGAAGUCGUCGAGAUCGUCGCGCAGGUCAUCCUAGUCUGCGCGGUCAUGCAGAUCUUUGACGCCCUCGCCGCUGUGUCGCACGGCAUCCUGCGUGGCGUCGGCAGACAGGCUAUCGGAGGCUACGCCAACCUGUUCUCGUACUACGUUGUGGCACUUCCGGUGUCGCUGUCGACUGCGUUCGUCCUUGGCUGGAAGUUGAGCGGCUUGUGGGCUGGGUUGACGUCGGGCUUAGUGGUGGUCUCUGCACUUGAACUUGUCUAUCUUUACAAUUCGGAUUGGGAGCAUGCGGUAGCUCAGGCCGAGGCUCGGAUGCGCUCGGAGAGUGUGUUUGCGGAGCGCAAAACUUCACAUGUUGGAGUCUGA